UUUGUGUGUGUGUGUGUGUAAAACAAGAGGCAUCGUAAGACUGAGAGCAUCAUUAAAUAAGCAACAUGGGUCGAAGUAGAAGCAGUAGCCGCAGCAGCAGCAGCAGCAGCCAAAGCAGUAGGAGGAGUAGCAGCAGCAGCAGCAGCAGUGAUGAUAGUGUAGACCUCAAGAAUAAGAACAAGAAGCAUCACAGUCGUGGCUCCAGCCCUGUGAGACACCGUCACAAAUCCAGGUCUCACUCGAGGGACAGAGGUCAGCACACAGAGUCACGUGACAAGCAUCACCGCAGAGACAACAAGUCACACUCACAGGACAGAACUCGUAGGUCAGACUCGAGAGACAGAGGCAAACGCUCGAGGUCAAGGGAAAGACACCGCAGAUCAGGUUCCAGAGACAGGAAUCACAAAGUAAAGCAUCAAGAAAGAACACAAAGGUCAAAAUCCAGAGACAGACAAAGGUCAAAAUCAAGAGAUAGAAGAUCAAAGUCAAGGGGAAGAAAGAGAUCAAAAUCGAAGGAAAGAAAGAGGUCAAAAUCAAGAGACAGAAAGAGGUCAAAAUCCAGGGAAAGAAGGUCAAAAUCCAGAGACAGGAAAAGAUCAAAAUCCAGAGACAGAAAAAGGUCAAAAUCCAGAGAUAGAAAAAAGUCAAAGUCAAGAGACAGAAAAAGGUCAAGAUCAAGAGACAGAAAAAGGUCAAAAUCAAGAGACAGAAAAAGGUCAAAAUCAAGAAACAGGCGGAAGAGAUCGAGGUCAAAGGAAACAGUAUCAGACAGCCGUAAAAAGAGAAGCAGGUCUGAUUCCCAUUCUGAUUCCGAGUCACCGGCGAAGACAAGACCGAAGCACGGAGGUGACACCCACAGAAGAGAAGAGGCAGUGCAUUCACAGCAACGUAACGGACGCUUUGAGAGUGAGAGGAGUCGGUCUGCCUCAAAACAGAAAGAUCUCAGUCGCAGAGAACAGCGGGGGAGCAGAUGGGAUGUGGAGAACAGUGCUUCCAGUCAGAGGAGCAGAUCCCGGACACCUAACAGAGGCAAUAGCAGUGGUGGUCCUCAGAGAAAUAGGGAGCGGUCACCUCCAACACCAGAUGACAGGUGGGGCCACAAGAAAUUCUUCGAACAGCAACAUGAAAUUAACCACAGGAGUUCUGGCAGCUCAAGGGACCACUACAGAAAUGGAGGAGCAUACAGAGACAGAGACCGAGGUAGUGGAGGGUUUGGCCGGCGCAGCAACACAAGCAGCCAGAGUGACGACUACUACGGCUUCCGGCGUCAGCAGCGGCAGCAGAUUACUGAGGAAGGUGUAUCAGAACUGUGGGCGAUGUCACCAGGAAACGUCCAAGAAGACUCUGAUGAAUUGAACACAGACGAGGAAAGAACUACGAAAACGGUUGUCAAGGGAGCUUUGAAUGAUUCUUUGACUGUAGAAAAGGAAAAGAAGAAAAAGAAGAAGAAAAAUAAGAAGAAACACAAGAAAGAAAAGAAGAAGAAGAAAAGCAAGAAAAAGGCAUCCAGGAAGAAGGACAGUGAUUCCUCUUCUGAAAGUGAGAGUGGCUCGGAAGUUGAUGAUGACGAUGAUGAUCAGCUCAAGUGGAUAGAAAAAAGAAAAGACAGUGAUGGAAACAUAGUGGAGGAGGUGGUGGUGGGUCCUAUCCCCAAGCCUCAAGUCACCCUCUCCAAAAAGGACUAUGGCAAGGCUCUUCUGCCUGGUGAAGGAGCAGCAAUGGCAGCCUACGUAGCUGAGGGCAAGAGGAUUCCUCGGCGUGGUGAGAUCGGUCUGACAUCAGAUGAGAUUGCUAAGUUUGAAGAUGUUGGGUAUGUGAUGAGUGGAAGCCGUCACCGCAGGAUGGAGGCUGUCAGGUUGCGUAAAGAAAACCAGAUUUAUUCAGCUGAUGAGAAACGAGCACUGGCAAUGUUUAGCAAGGAAGAGAGGCAGAAGAGAGAAAACAAGAUCUUGACGCAGUUCCGAGACAUCGUUCGUAGUAAGCUGAAUAAAAAGUAAGUCAGAAUAAUUAAUGUGCGAGGAAAUGGAUUCAGAAAGGUUUUUAUUGAGGUGUGUUUGUUAUUUUAGAGCUUACAAUGAACUCUUUGUCUUCUCACAUUUGACAGGACUGAUACUUUUGAUAAGUUAUUUAAUGUUUUACUUGCAGAAUAAUAACUCAAGCAUCUCUUUUUACAUGAAAGUUUCUGUUGGUGGCAAUCCUUGUCUUAUAUUUAUAGGAGCUGUAUCUAUUUAUUUUUGGAUAAUUUCAGGUUACAAAAAGAGCAAUAUAAUUGAAUUCCUUAUUAUAUAAAAUAGGUUGUGCAGAUAGACACUUAAUAAAGAAGGUACAAAGUCUUGUAAACUGUCCUACAAUGACUCGUCUGUACUAGAUCUUCAUAUUCUCUCUCUCUCAUACCCAUGUGGAGUUACACACACAUUUCUUCUGUGUUUGCCAAGUUGGAAGAAUAUUACUUUUGUCUUCAUUGCGUGGCCAAAGUGAGCCACAAAGGACAGAGUGAGGAGACUGGGAACUCCCUCCUGUGUAUUUCUGUCCCUCUAAUGAGUAGGCAGGUCUUGGCCAUCCCUGCCUUUCAAAGGAAUGUCUGUCUGGUAUAUGUGUACAUAGGUAGGUCUGUAGCUAUAGACAUGUCUGUUUCAUGUAAUUUUUUAUUCUUUGCAAUAUAAUGAAAAUAAGUGUUAGGAGUCAUUCAUAGGCUGAUCAUUGUUUGAGCCUCUGAAAAGUACCUGAAGCAAGGACAAGAAUGGUUGGCACAUUUUACAGUGACUGAUGUACUCUUAACUUGGCUUCGUGGAGACUGCCACAUUUUAUAAGAUUUGGACCAUAUUAUUUUCAUUAAACAACAGGAUAGAUGUAUCUUGUGACGAUGAUAAACCUUAUUAUCCACAAAAGACUAGUACGUAUACCUAAAAAUUUACAUUUUUCAAUGUUUCCCAUGUAUUUUGUCUACUUUUCAGUGAAGAAUAAAAACAAAACAAAACUUA